CCAAUGUCACAAUUUGAAUUUGUUGGUCGUUUGUUUGUUAUUGUUGUGUCUUUGCUGAAAUAAUUUUGAGAAAAUAGAAAUACUUAUUGAAGAAUAGUGAAAAUGUCCAUAAUAAGGAAAGAUGCUGUCGUGGCGCCAUGGGUUGGACCUACAAGUUGCAAGAACAGUUUAUCAGUGAUUGUACUUUCGUCAAAUAUUGAUAUAAUUGAGAAGAUAUCAGAAGCCUUAACGGAAGUUCAUAAGAAAGGGAAUUUUCGAUGGAAACUAAUAGUUUUACGAUCUUUUUAUUUAGAAGAAGUAGUCAAACAAGCUGACUUAACCGGAAAAAUAGGAAUAGACUUCGUAAUUUUAGCAGUUGACACAAGUCGACUAUUUUGUUUAGAGUGGGCAAAGAACGUUAUAGCGCAAAUGCAUUCAGACUUAAAAGUUCGACGCGCUGUGCUUGUGAAUGCUAGUGGGCUUCCGGUAAAUGCUAUGGCAAUCAGUGCUAGUGAAUUGAUAAGUUUUCAGAAUGAUGUGAAGUUGGAUAUUAUAACAGCUAAUGUGUUUGACCCAGACAACGUAACAGUUUUGGCGCGCCGUUUAUUGAAAUACAUUGAAGUGUCUAUUGGUGUAAAGACUGGUCUACCUAACCUUAAUGUGUGAUUUUAAACUUAGCUAUGACUGUAAAUACCAGUUCAUGGGUGUGACUUUAACAACCAACUAUUAUAAUAUAUUAUGUAUAUACAAAUUAGAAAUCUAAGAAUCUGUACUCAUUUAAAUUGGGAUAUAAGAAUUUGCAAAAAAGCCAUGUUAUGAUUUGUUGCUGAUUUUGAGUAAAUAAAUCACAGAUUACACGUUUCUGAAUCA